AAACUAUUCAGUUUAUAACAAAUCUCGUUUGUGCCCCAAACAAUCGUUUAUAGAAGACUUUCUAUUUAUAUAUUUAAAUUGAGUAAGCCUACUAACUCGAAGAUUCAUGUAUAGAGUAUGAAUUCAGCUCAAAGUGGAAACUUAUUAAAACUUGGCUCUUUGGAUAAGCCCGUAAGAGCUUCGAUGGAUAGUAACGUAAUCCCCUCCACUACUUCGGGUUUGUCUAAAUCCUCUCCGUCUGGGCUUGCUACAGUGAAGCCCGGUCAACCCGGAGAGCCAGUAAAGGAACAGGAAGAUUAUCCCCAUUAUGAACCCUUCUAUCGAGCGAGUCCUUUUGCACAUCCUGUUAUGCCCACCAAGAACUACGAUCCUCCUGAAAAAUGUCAUUAUGUCAAUCGUGCAACCAUCAUGAAACAUCCGCCCAUUGCCCCUGCUCCAAUUCCAGGAGAGUAUCCUCGCGGCUUCUCUGACGAAACCAUUCAGUAUGUUUCGGACCUCCGCAAAAGAAUCAUGCCCUUCAUAAAGUUCGAUGUCGUGACCAAUCCUCCCCCUGAGGUGGAAUACGACGUGGGAGGGUUCCAGCGUCCCAAAGUCGAAGUGGACAUCCCUCUGGAGUUCCUCCCUCCCGACCCAGAGCGCGUCAAGAAGCAAGAGGAGGCCAAGACCAAGUCCGAAGAGGCCGAGAAAGCAAGCACAGCCUCCCAGUCCUUCGUGGUCGAAGCCGAAACCAAAAUCGCUCAAGCCGAAGCCAAGCUCUCCGCCGCCACCGCCGAAUCCGAUUCCCAGGCCUUCGCGAUCGCGAAGGAAGUCAUCGAAGCGGUCGCCAAAGCGCGGCCGAAGCUCACCGAGGCCACGCAAGCGAAGGAAGCCGCCGUCCAGGCCGCGAAGGCCUCCGGCUACGUCAAGGCCUCCGAGUUCGCAGACGCCGCGACGCAGUCGGUGGCGGGAGUGGAAGACCUGCAGUCGCGCUGCUCGGCGGUGGAAACGCGCGCGAAGAACGUGCAGACCGAGGUGGAGAAGCGGAGGGCGAUGCGAGAGGCCGUGGAGCUGGCGAGGAAGGCGAUGGAGCUGGUGCUGGCGGCGAACGAAGCGGCGAGUGAAGCGGAGAGAAAGAUGGGAGAGAUCGAAGAAGCGAUUGAAGUGGAAAUCGUGGAAGCGGCCUCGCGGUCCAUCGCGGAAUCGGCGCGGACCGCAGAGUCGAAGGCGAACGAGGCACAGCAGAUGUGGGAGAGAGCGAGGCAGGCGGCGCAGAGAUCGGGGAAACAAGAAGCGAACGACGCGGUAAAUCAGGCACAGCAGAAGAUCAAUCAGGCACAGUCCGCGGUGGAGAGGGCGAGAGAGGCACAGAACAAUGCACAGGAGAGAGCGGAGUUGAUGAAGAAGGGCUGCAAAGCGUGUUGUGUUGUUAUGUAA